GAAACUAGAUCAGAAGUGGAGCAGCCAGGACACAAACUGAUGUCCAUUUGGGAUGCUGGCAACACAUGUAGAGGCUUAGGCUGUUACUGCACAGCACCAUCAUGUGAUUUUAAUUUCUAAGGGCAGCUUUCCCUUCUCAACCAUGGUUCCUAGGGAUUUCAAUGGUCUUUGGCUUCUGUAUAACAGUGGGUUGAGGCAAUAUUGCUUUGACAGCAAUAAAGAGAAUGUUCCAGAAUCUGGGCUUUAUAAAAUCAUCUCAUUUAAAUAAAAUAUCUCUUAUAUGACCAUAAAGUCGGCCUAUUGAUGGUAUUUAAAGCCUGGUGCCAGUGUGUCCAACCCUAGUAACUCUACCCCCUGUCCUAGCUCCUCAUCCUCUCCCUGGUAGCACCACAGCAUUUUGACUUGUGCUCUGGCUAUCUGGCUUUCAAGUUUUUGACAUCAGGCAGUUUUUUCUUACAAGUUCUGCUGUGUAUUGAAACAAAUCUAGUUUUUCAGUGGUUUUAGUUGAUUCUAACAAAAGUGAGUCUGAAUUAUUAGCUCAGUACAUCAUGAUAUCAGAACUGAAGACUUUUUCAUCACCAAAACAAGAGUGGAUUUUCCUAACUGGUGCUUAGGAGUGUCUAUUGAGAUAACAGUGUAAAUACUCUUCUGUAAUUAAAUUAAUAUAGUAGAAGAACAUAUACAAGUUUGCCAAAUGAUCAUAAAAACCUAUAAUAAAUUCAGUUCUGUGGCCUACUGUAUUCCAUUCCCUAAUCUUUUAUUUAAACAUUGAGUGCCAGUUUUUGCAGAUAAAUUACUUUGAUACAUGGGUGCUUUGUUUGCUCUUGCAUGCAUAUCAGAAGGUGAGAACCUCCAAAGAAUUUAGAUAAUUGGAGUUUGCUUAGGCUUUGGCAUAUUAAAUAACAUAGUAAUUGCCUAUUUUCUGAAAAUAUUGUGGGGUCCUUGGAAAGGGGAGAAUUGUCAAGAGCAUUCAGCUUCACUCAAACUUUUCCUUAUUGUUGAAGUGAUUGUUUUGGUUGCUUGUUUGGUUUUAAGGUCUUCUUGCAUGGCUUAUUUACUAUAAAGUGAUGAGCCCCAUCUAAGUAGUGUCUCUCCCUCCACCUCGUCCUUCCCUUUUUCCUGUUUCUCCCAGGGUUAGAAUUUUGAGAGCUUUUCCCUUUUGUUGGAUUUGAUGGGAAGCCAACUGCAAUUUGUUUAACAUUGUACGAUUUACUGAUAAAAAACAUAGUUUUCUUCUUGAAUCGCUAGUUUGGGAAAGAAUAUUGGAGCUGCAGUCCCUGUCUCCCUGUCUAUUAUAACUGAAAUAACUAAAUUAAAAACACUUCCCAGGGGUAAAUACAGAAUAUUGCUUAAGCAAAAUUGAGAAGCAACUGAGCAGAAAAAUAGGCUGAAAAUUGUGAGUGGAUGGGUGUGUUGAGACUGAAUUAUAGAUCUUUAAUUUCUGUAAUAGAAAAUCCAUAGUUUUUUAAAAAAGAAAAUUCAAGCAACAGCUCUUUUUUUUUUUUAAGGGAAUUUUAAUUUUUUUUCAUCCCUUUUUUGUUUGAAAGAUCUUCCAUCUACUGAAUCACUUGCGCCAAGUGGAAGCAAGGGGCUGGGAAUUCAGUCCAUAUCCUCUUCAUGGUAGAGAGGGACCCAACCACUUAAGACAUCAACUGCUGCCUCCUGGGAUUCACAUGCGUAGAAAAUGGAGCCAAGUCUGAAAGCCAGACACUCCUACGUGGGGCGACAACAUCCUUAGCAGCUCAACUGUCCAGCUGAACACCUGAUCCCCUUUUAUGAUUCUGUAGGAACACAGAGAAGCAGCUGAGUGUUAACACGGGUCACCUGUGCCGAGUAGAAACCAGAAAAUGCUUGGACAGAAGAGAUGAGUACUUUUUCCACUGAGGCCUAGAAUUGCCUACUGUACAGAUAAUCCUGAUCAGGCAAUAUACGAAUGGCCCAAGGAAGCCACCAAAUUGAUUUUCAGGUUUUACAUGACCUGCGACAAAAAUUCCCUGAAGUACCUGAAGUUGUUGUAUCCAGGUGUAUGUUACAGAAUAAUAAUAACCUGGAUGCCUGCUGUGCCAUUCUCUCUCAGGAGAGUACAAGGUAUCUGUAUGGUGAAGGAGACUUGAACUUCUCGGAUGAUUCUGGCAUCUCUGGUCUACGCAAUCACAUGACUUCUCUCAACUUAGACUUGCAGUCACAGAACAUUUACCAUGGAAGAGAAGGAACUAGAAUGAAUGGAAGUAGGACUCUAACACACAGCAUUAGUGAUGGACAACUUCAAGGUGGUCAGUCCAACAAUGAACUGUUUCAACAGGAGCCACAGACAGCACCAGCACAAGUUCCUCAAGGCUUUAAUGUUUUUGGCAUGUCCAGUACUUCUGGUGCUUCCAAUUCCACACCACAUCUUGGAUUUCACUUAGGCAGCAAAGGAGCAUCUAACCUUUCUCAACAGACUCCAAGAUUUAAUCCCAUCAUGGUGACUUUGGCCCCAAAUAUCCAGACUGGUCGUAAUACUCCUACGUCUUUGCACAUACAUGGUGUACCUCCACCUGUACUUAACAGUCCACAGGGAAAUUCUAUCUAUAUAAGGCCUUACAUUACAACUCCUAGUGGUACAACUCGGCAGACACAACAGCAUUCUGGCUGGGUGUCUCAGUUUAAUCCCAUGAACCCUCAACAAGUCUAUCAACCUUCACAGCCUGGUCCCUGGACUACUUAUCCUGCAUCUAAUCCUCUGCCACAUACCUCAGCCCAACCGUCAAAUCAGCAAGGCCACCAGACCUCUCAUGUCUAUAUGCCCAUCAGUUCACCUACCACCCCUCAGCCACCCACGAUUCAUUCAUCUGGUAGCUCACAGUCUUCUGCCCAUAGCCAAUAUAACAUUCAGAAUAUUUCAACAGGACCUCGAAAAAACCAGAUUGAAAUCAAACUUGAACCACCACAAAGAAACAGUUCUUCAAAAUUGCGUUCUUCUGGACCUCGAACCUCCACCAGUUCCUCUUCGGUCAACAGCCAGACUUUAAAUAGAAACCAGCCCACUGUUUACAUAGCUGCCAGUCCUCCAAAUACUGACGAGGUGAUAUCCCGUAGCCAACCUAAGCUCUAUAUUUCAGCGAAUGCCACCACAGGAGAUGAACAGAUGAUGCGGAAUCAGCCCACACUCUUCAUAUCUACAAACUCGGGGGGCUCUGCUGCCUCCAGGAACAUGUCUGGCCAAGUGAGCAUGGGGCCUGCUUUUAUCCAUCACCACCCUCCCAAAAGUCGAGCCAUAGGCAGUAAUUCUGCGACUUCUCCUCGAGUGGUGGUCACUCAACCCAAUACAAAAUACACUUUCAAAAUCACAGUUUCUCCCAAUAAGCCCCCUGCGGUCUCACCAGGGGUUGUCUCCCCGACCUUUGAACUUACCAAUCUUCUAAAUCAUCCUGAUCAUUAUGUAGAAACAGAGAAUAUCCAGCACCUCACGGACCCUACUUUAGCACAUGUGGAUAGAUUAAGUGAAGCCCGGAAGUUGAGUAUGGGAUCAGACGAUGCUGCCUACACACAAGCUCUUUUGGUACACCAGAAAGCCAGAAUGGAACGGCUUCAAAGAGAACUUGAGAUUCAAAAGAAAAAGCUGGAUAAACUAAAGUCUGAGGUCAAUGAAAUGGAAAAUAAUCUAACACGAAGGCGCCUGAAAAGAUCAAAUUCCAUGUCGCAGAUCCCCUCGCUCGAAGAAAUGCAGCAGUUGAGAAGUUGUAAUAGACAACUCCAGAUUGACAUUGACUGCUUAACCAAAGAAAUUGAUCUUUUUCAAGCCCGAGGACCACAUUUUAAUCCCAGCGCUAUUCAUAACUUUUAUGACAAUAUUGGAUUUGUAGGUCCUGUGCCACCAAAACCCAAAGAUCAAAGGUCCACCGUCAAAACACCAAAGACUCAAGACACAGAAGAUGAUGAGGGGGCUCAGUGGAAUUGCACUGCCUGUACUUUUCUGAACCAUCCUGCCUUAAUCCGCUGUGAACAGUGUGAGAUGCCCAGGCAUUUCUGAGCCAGAGGCCCUGUAUCUUCUCUAACACCAUAUCCAAGUUCAAGAAACUUGCGUGUCAUCGGGGAAAAGUUUCACUGCUCCAUAGGAUUUUGUCAGGUUGAAGGUGUGACGAGACUGUGUUGUACUCAUGUUAAAAGCCAGCCCACAGAGUCAGUGAUACCUCAGUGUGAUGUCAUGGGCAGACGAAAGUCAUCGUGCGGAAGGUCGUCCGCUGAAGGCUUGGUUGGACGAUGCCCAACACUCAGAUGCCCACGUGUCCCUCGUCCUCAGCUCCCUCCUGUCACCCCUGAAUCUUGGCAAAGGAAAGGAAGAGAACGAUGGCUUGUGUUCUCUGUAACACAGUGAAACACCGCAUGCACAAAGAGAAGGAACAAGGUUAAACUGUUUAGAGACUCUUUGCUGCCACGUAGUGCCAACGGAGAGGGGAAGAACCUGACACGUCAGUGGUGCUCUCGGCCUCGGCUCGGUCUUCCCCGAAGCCACCUCUGUGAAGCCAGCGUCCAGGGCCUCCGGAUGAAGACGCAAGCAGCGCAUGUUGUCUGUGCAAGCACGCAGUGAAAUCUCCCCAGCUUGUCCUACUGUACACAUCUCUCAAGUCUGCUUUAAGUGACUUCUUCUUGAUGAUUUUCUUAUAUUUCUAUAUGUAUAGUGUAAUAGCCUUUUGUUAACUAAUUUUCUUUUUUCCUUUUAGUGAUUAAGCACGAUCAUGUCCCUUUUUAAGCCUUACCUGAGAGAAGCAGUGCCAUAAAAUAAAAAAAGCAUUAAUGAAAUGAAAUUAUGCACAGAGUAACUUUCCUCUGCCUACUCUGUACUUUGCCCUCCUGAGAGGUGGUAUGCUCUGUGAAGACGCACAGGUGCUGUGCAGGGAAUGGCCCAGAACGCCGCCCAGCGUCUGUCAGUAGGCCGCACCACAUUCGGACAUAGCAGUGGGUGAUGCAGCAGCAUUCUGUGCCCCCGGAAGGAAGCGGAAGACAGAAGGGCUUUGUGACCACUGACAGAUUGGUUCAGCCGUCCCACAGAGCCCUCGCAGGAGCCCGUUCCGCGGGAGUGCCAGAACCAGCAGCAGCAGCGCCAACAGCCCUCCCUGUGUCGGGAGAGAGGUCUAGAUGCUUUCUGUUCGGGGCAGUCUGUUUCUAACCCUGACUCGGUGGCAGGAUCAUGUGUAUUUAUCAAACAAGGCUAAUCGUACCUAGGACAAACUGAAGAAAAGCUGGAAAAAAAGAAAAACAAGCAAACUUGAACACUGACGCAACCUCAAGCAUCUCUUUAUUUUGAUGAUUUAUUUUUGUAAGGAAAGUAAAUAUUCAGAUGAUCAGGAGUGUAUAUAACUAAAUGAAAUCAAGAAAAAGAAGUAGCAGUAUGCAUUUAAAGAGACAGAAUUCAGAAAUUACCUAUCAGCGCUUAAAAUGGGGCUAAGGGAAGUGCUGAAGCAGAGCAAAAGUUACAAGAUGUGGCCCGUCACCCGAUGUCCGUGUCUGCCACUGGCCAUGUUCUGAGGAAACAGGAAUGUUACCGGAGACCCCUGUGAUGGCCAAAGCCUUGACCGUCAUGCCUUGCGUUCUGCAGGUGGAGAGCACCGUGACAAUCCUAGUUCAUUAGACGGUAGACCCAGAGCCUUACAUUUGAUACAUUUUGUUUUAAAACUAGGCCUUGUUUUUCAGCUUCAUCUGCAGUUCUAUGUGAAGAUUGAUAAAUCAGUUUUUACUUGUUUUAUUAAUAAAACGUAACUUGGA